ACAGUUGAAACUUGUGUGUUGGUUGGCAAUCUUGCGAAGAGUGUUUUUCAGCUUUUCGUUUGAUAUUUCCAGACACAUCGGUACACAUAACCUCUAAUGUCUUUGGCGAUGGCGUGUCCCCUCGAAGAAAGUUCUUUCGAAGAACAGCGUUCUGUCAUCCGAUUUUUACUUUCUGAAAGUGUACAACCAUCAGAAAUAUUCUAUCGGAUGAACAAACAAUACGGCAGCAGUUGUAUGAACCGCACCAGUUUUUACGCAUGGGUGGAAAAGUUUAAAUGUGGCUGCAAAAGCGUCAUCGACGAGAACUACUCCGACACAGACGUCUUCACAGAACCGUCUGAUGAUGGAACAAGACAUGAAGUUUCUCCAGUAUCUUCUCCAGCAGGUUCUCCUUGCAUUAUGGAGCUGUCUCAUAAAGACGGCUGUGACUCCGGGGGUACGAUAACUGUGUCGCCCUCGUUAGAAUCUAUUGGUUCUCUUAUCCAAGAACACCGACGUCAUACAGAUGAACAAUUAGGUGAAAAAUAUCGAAAAAUUGGCCAUUGUUGUGUAAGAGGUUGCACAACAUCUUCAAAGAUGCCGUUUCACAAAUUACCACGAAACAACAUUUCUCGACAGAAAUGGUUGGAGUGUAUUCAUCGUGAAGAUUUAAUUGGUUUACCUUGGGAUUCUGUAAAAAAUGUAAGAGUAUGCUUUGAACACUUUCGUGAAAGUGAUUACCUUGAGUACACGGCUAAUCGUAAAUUGAAGAAUGGAGCCCUACCUUUCUUAGCAACACAAGAGUUGGACUUGUCCUUUUGUGCAAAUUAAUAGUGUAAUUACAAAAAUACGAAAUUAUAUUGAAAUGUAUUUAUUAAAUAUGUAUUGUUGAGUGAUAUCUUUUUCAAAGGUUGUUUCGAAAACAAGAAGUUCCCAUUGUUCAAACAUACAUUGUCAUUUGUUGCUUUGUUCAUAUGCUGAAUUUUUAAAUUUAUCUUUGGAAAAUGUAGCAAAUAUUAAUAGUAAUUAAUUAAUUUUAAUUAACAAAACUUACAACAAAAUUUGAAAAAUCAUAAUGCAAUCAUUUUUUAUUAUAUUAGAAACAAAUAAUGAGCUUUUGUUAAGGUCUCUUACUCUUGUAUCAAGGAAAAAAUGAGAAAUCUUAUGUUCAUGUUGCAUACAAUGAAACCACCAAAAACGCAUACACACAAUACAAAUAAAAGUAAAAUGUUUCAAAGAAAGUUAAAUAGAAUUGAAGCAUUUGCGUGAACAAUGUCGUAAGCGACACCUUUUUCAAUUUGCUGUUUUCUGUGGAACGAUGUUGAAUAUGAAACUGUUAACCAUUCUAAUAAAAUGUCAAUGAUAUAAGUUAAUUUUUGUGUGAAUAGUCUAACUGGAACAAUGCUGCAAGUGAUGAGACAAAUCAAGCAUAUAAAUAUUUCACUGUUCACUGUAAAAGACAGUAAUAGGGGCAAGAAAAGAAAACAAAUGUUGAAAAGUGGAAGUGUAGAGUAAGAAAAGUGAGUAGAGAUUCCGGUGAAGGGAAUAUAAGCUCUAGGAAUGCAAGAAAACCAGUAUUGGAGCAUCCAAACGAGGUGGGUGAAUCAACGUUGUAUAUGCCAUAGCUUAUGCGUGCUGUGUUGUAAUUCGAUUUUGCUGACGAUAUAGCAUCAAUUAAAUUAAACUGGAUGUAUAAAUUUCAGAAAGUGCAGGGUAGGUUGCAAUGCCAUAAAUUUGCCUUGAAAGGGCAGCUCUUUGAUAAGAUCCGUGCACAAUGUUGUGAUGAACAGUCAGCAUUUCUAGCACAUCAGUUGGUAACGAUCUCAGAACAGAAAAGGACAACUUUAGAAUGUGUCACUUAGGCAUUGUACCAUUACAUAUUAUAUGUUAUUAAACAGAAAAAUAGAAUGUGUUUGUCAGAAAACAUUGUGGGUUACAUUGAAAGUGGCACCGCAAAGACUUCAAGUACUAGUUAAAACUGAAAAUAAAUAAAAGCUAUAAUAGAUAAACAAGAGAUCCACAAGAAUCGGUUCCAUCCCACAACAGAGCAAGUUAGAAAAAAUACAAGGGAACAUAUUGGAUAAUUUUCCAAACAGGAGAGCUUUUGCACUCACCACAAGGAAACAAGGAAUGUUUACAUAUCUGCAGAUAUGAAUAUCACAAUCAUGUACUCAGGAAGGGAAAUCAUUAAGUUCUCACGCAUAUUUAAGGUUUGCUGCCAAUUUAUAAUUUCCAGAAGUACUAUAUUAGGAUAACAAUGUUGUAUGUGUUCUGGAUAUGUAAUGUUCCAUGCAAUAAAAUUAUAUUAAUUUGUAAGUCAUAGAAUAUUCUUUCUAGAGCAUUUUCCUUCCUAAAACCCAUCACCUACUUAAAAUACAUACAAGUGUCAGAAGAGCAUAUAGCACCUACAGCAGUAAAAUUUUAAGAGGUGAUCAAUUUUUACCGCUCCGGUAAAAUUUAGAAUAUGUAACUUACAACAUUGUUCCAGCCAAUGCUUCAUUUGUACAAAAUUGAAAAGAAAAAAAGUUGAUUACUUAUGAAUUAUCGCAAUCAGAACAUUUUUAACUAAAGGGAAAUCUGCAUUUUAUGAUAAUACAAGCUUGCAUGCUCUUUUUCUUUUUUCCCCCCAUUAAUACAGUUAAACUUAUGCAGAACAUGUAUAAUGUGGAAAUCUGCCUAAUGUGAACAUAAAGCCUACAAAUCGUAAAUUCCACAGCAUUACAUUGCAUAUGGUGGAAUCUUGUGUAAUGUGGAGAAAAAUGCUCAACCCUUGAUAUUCCACAUUGAGCAAGUUUUACUGUAUAUCCUCAAACAAUCUUUAAAAGAUUCUCCACAAAUUUGUUAUGUUGACUAUUUUAAAC